GGGGCGGGCGACGGGCGACGGGCGACGGGCGACGGGAUGGCUCGGACAAAGCGUGUACCUCCGACUCGAGGCGUCGGAUCAGCAAAGCAUUGUGAGAAGUGGCUACACCCAAGAAAAACACGGUUUCUAAAAAAAAAAGCAAAUGGAAAGACAGAGAAGAUAGAGGAGGUUCAGAACAAUCAACGAAGACAGCGAACAGCGGGUGAGGAGGAGGGAGGAGGGAGGACAAAGUACGGGGAUGAGGGGGCGGCGUUCACAGAUACCACAACGGUACAAGUAUUAUCAGCAGAAGCCACAGAGAGAGGAGCGACACAGAUCUGGGAUCAUCAUCGUCUGCACGUCCUCGUCGGAAGGUUGCGGGGAAGCCGGUUGGGGGCUGGCGCAGGCCCAAGCACGCCAGCGCUGCUCAGCGACUCAACAGGGGCAGACCCGCUGAGGAUUUGGCGGUCGCUGGCUGGGGUGUGGCCGCAGUGGUGGCCUUGGGCCGGUCCCGGUCCCGGUCCACGUUCUCGACGCCCGUCAGCUUCCAUCUCGGCCUGGCCGCAGUCCGUCAAGAAACGCCAGACGUGAUCGAUUCCCCGUCGUCGCAUCAUCCCUCCCAACAUCAACCGUUUUCCGUCUGUCAUCCAUCAUCGACCUUUGCUGCAUCGCAGAUGUCAUCCACCCGAUAAGCUGUCCCAUCUCCACCCAAUUCUGUACCUGCAGCGCCUGUCCCGCCAUGUCGACGGUCAACCGUGCUGCCUCGAGGGUCGCUCCGGCCCUCUUGAGGAGCAACUUGCGCAUGAGAGGUGGCUUUCGUCCAGCGCUGCCGUCGAAGAUUCCCGCCAUUGCCAUCCUUGUGCCUCGUGCUGGCGUAGCCACCGAGACGUCUACCCAGUCGGGCUCCGUCUCGAAUGGUCCUCCUCCCGGCUUCAACCUCAAGGAAGCCCAGAAGCCUCUGCCCAAGGACCAGCAGAAACAGACGGCCAGCGCGGAGGAGUCGAAAGAGAGCGCCAAGCCUCAGAAGGAAGGGCUUGGUGCGCAGGCUUCUGUCCAGCCGGCGGAGGCGCAGAGCCUCUCGCAGCUGGUAGCUCAGAAGGAGGCGGCCGAGAGAAACGACGAGAAGAAGGUGGCGAAGAAGGAAGAGGAGAAGAAGAAGCUGACGCUGUGGCAGAAGGUCAAGAAGGAGGCACAGCAUUAUUGGGAUGGCACCAAGCUUUUGGCGACCGAGGUCAAAAUCAGCUCGAGACUGGCGUUGAAGAUGGCUGCCGGCUACGAGCUGACACGGAGGGAGAACCGACAGCUUAAGCGCACCGUCCAGGAUCUAGCCCGCCUUGUGCCCUUCUCUGUCUUCGUCAUCGUCCCCUUCGCCGAGCUGCUCCUUCCCAUCGCUCUCCGACUCUUCCCCAAUCUCCUCCCAUCUACGUAUGAGGGCGCCACGGCCAAAGAAAACAAGGCCUCCCAGCUGAGAAGCACGCGCAAGAAGGUCUCGGACCUGUUGCGUCAAACCCUCAAGGAAUCCGGCCUGCCCGUCACAGCGGCCACCGCCCAGAAGGAGGAGUUCACCGAGUUCUUCCGCAAGUUGCGCCAGACAGGCGAGACUCCCAGCAAAGCCGACGUGAUCAAAGUGUGCAAGAUUUUCAAGGACGACCUCACCCUUGACAACCUGUCUAGACCACAGUUGGUCGGCAUCUGUCGAUACAUGAACCUCAACGCCGUCGGACCUGAUGCGCUCUUGCGAUAUCAGAUCCGUCACCGCAUGAGGCAGAUCAAACGCGACGACCGGGCCAUCGCGUACGAGGGCGUCGAUUCUCUCUCUGUGCCCGAGCUGCAGACCGCCUGUGCCAGUCGUGGCAUCCGCACUCACGGCGUGUCUCCUGCCCGUCUCCGUGACGACCUCCAGAUGUGGCUUGAUCUGCGUCUAAAGUAUGGCGUCCCCUCCACGCUCCUUGUUCUUAGCAACGCGUUCAUGUACGAUUCGAGCAAGGACUCCGGCGAGCUCUCUACGCAGAUCGACGCCCUGCAAGCGGUCUUGUCCUCUAUCCCCGAAGAGCUCUUCCACGAGAUCGAGCUCGAGGUGCACAACGCCGAGGGCGCCGCGACGAACAAGCAGCGUCUCGAGGUGUUGAAGGAGCAGCAGGAGCUGAUUGAGGAAGAAAACAAAGAGAAUGAAUCGAACGUCAAGCAGGGCCGUCAGAGCCCCAGGGACGACGCUGAUAUUGACGAGAAGGAAGAGAGAUCUAUGGCGGAAGGAGAGAUCGCUGUGGACGAGGCGGAAGCUGCAGCACCCGCAGAGCAAAAGGAGCAGCUUGCUCGGGCUGAGCCUGAGCCUGCCAAGGAAACGCCAAAGGCUGAAGCUUCCACUUCACAGAAGAAGGAGUAAGGACUGAGGCACAUACGGAGUGAAAACCAUCACCACUUGCUAGUUCUAUUUCAUUUGUGUAUUACCGGUAUCACGACUCGGAGAAGACGGAACCCCUCUCGAGAUAGAAGGCUCCGGCCUUGACUCAAAUGCAAUUGGAGUUCUUGGGGCGGGAAGGCAAGCAAUCAAAUCGAUUGAUUGAUCGAAACUAUAGAACAGCCCAAAUACAAAACAAGGCGGGGGCGACACUGUAUAUCAAUUGGAUAGAAGAACAACGUCAGCCGAAAUAAAAAUGUAUCUGCAUAGUUUAAA